AUGAUUCUAUCCCGAUCGAAACCAGCGACUGAGAGUCGCCUGAAUACGGGCAGUAGCUCCGCUAAAAAAAGCUUUCCAGAGCUUGAAGAUUUCAUACUCAAACGGGACUAUCUUGGAGCUUUGACUUUGCUGGAGUUCCUCAAGCACGAAGGUAAUACCGACGUAUGGGCUGAUGUUUGGGCUGCGUGGUGUUGGUUUCACCUCGGCGAGUACAGACGCGCGCUAGACGCGUACCUCCUUGUGCAAUCAAGGGACAAGCUGGACUCGCGAGUGGCCGACAAUAUCGCCAUGGAUCUCGCUGUGUGUUACUUUUAUUUAGGUAUGUACAAAGAGUCGAAAGAGAUUGUUGAAGAAGCACCAAAAUGCACUUUAAAGACACGCCUGUUAUUUCACCUUGCCCACAAGCUCGGUGACGAAGAAUCCUUGAUGAAAUCUCAUGCAGCAUUACGCGAUGUUCCGGAGGACCAGCUUUGUUUGGCCUCAGUGCACUAUAUGAGAGCUCACUAUCAAGAGGCCAUCGAUGUUUACAAAAAACUCUUGUUAGAAAGACGCACACAUAUGGCACUAAACGUAUACGUGGCGUUGUGUUACUACAAACUUGACUACUAUGAUGUAUCCCAAGAGGUGCUCGGCGUCUACCUCGCUCAGCAUCCCACAUCCACUAUCGCGGGGAAUUUGAAGGCUUGUAAUCUUUUCAAGCUGUACAACGGCAAAGCGGCCGAAAAUGAGCUUAAACAGAUAUCGUCAGAUCAACACACUUUUGGACAAGAUCUAGUCAAACAUAAUUUGGUUGUAUUCCGAAAUGGCGAAGGAGCAUUAAAGGUGCUACCAGAACUAGUGGACGUGGUUCCAGAAGCUCGUCUCAACUUGGCAGGAUAUCGACUUCGCAACAGAGAGCCACUGGAGGCAAGGUCUUUGUUGGAACCAUUGCAACCCACUUCCCCCCUCCAUUACAUUUUGAGGGCAGUGGUUGCUGUAAGACUCUAUAAUGAGACUAGCGAUGAGGAGCAAAUGAAGCUAGCCCAGCAGAGUUUCCAUCUGGUGGGUAGUUCGGCAUCAGAAUGUGACACAAUCCCUGGCCGGCAGUGCAUGGCGUCGUCCUACUUCUUAGCUGGACACUUCGAAGAAGUCUUGGUCUAUCUCAACUCUAUUAAAAGUUUCUUCGUCAACGAUGAUACUUUCAACUUUAAUUACGCACAGGCUAAAGUAGCAACAGGCUUCUACCGCGAAGCUGAGGAGGUGCUCCUAGCGAUCCAGGACGAGAACAUGCGGUCUACAUUUACAUUUCUCGCAUGUUUAUGCAGAUGUCAUGUAAUGAACAAAGAUUCUCAUCUUGCGUGGGAGAUUUGCAUCAAGUCAGCUGGCACACCUGACAGUUUCGCAUUGUUACAACUGCUUGCUAACGACAGCUAUCGGAUGGGGCAGUUCCUUGUGGCUGCUAAAGCAUUCCACAUGCUUGACAGAUUAGACGGUGGUCCCGAAAUGUGGGAAGGCUUAAGGGGUGCCGUUUGUGGUUGCGCUCAAGCGGCUGCAGCUAACAAAUCUGGGGCAGCUGCAGACCUUCGAGAUGCCUUGGCCUUACUCAAAGGUGCAAGGGUCAACAACAGGGCUGACAACAUUGUAAAAACUAUCACCAAGUGGGCUCAACAGAACAGAAUUCCUCUUUGA